AUGCUGAGGCUAAGUGAUAUGCCACAUGUGCUACAAGAGUUAUCUGAUGAAGAAACCAACCUCAGAAACUCAGAUAUAGACAGCGACAGUGAUCUUAGUGAUGGAAAUAUUGAAAACGAGUUUUUUACUGAUGAAAGUGAACUUGAAGGACAAGAAAGUAACGACGAAUUUAUGAUUACUGAUCAAGACUUCAUACUUGGAAAGGAUCUCGAAACUAUUUGGUGUACAACAGAAGUGAAAGGUGCAUAUAAAACUCCUCAAAAAAAUAUUGUGAAAAUAUUACCUGGACCAAAACCGAAAGCCCGCGAAGUAAAAAAUGAAGUUGAUGCUUUUCUACAAUUUUUCGAUAGAGAUAUGUUGGAAUUGAUUGUGAAAUUUACAAACAUGUACAUAGAUAAUAUUUCGCAUGAUUAUAAUAGGGAAAGAGACUGUCGACGAACUAAUUACACAGAAUUGUUGGCUUUGCUUGGUAUUUUGUAUCUUAUUGGGCUACGGAAAGAAAAUCAUGCAAAUGUUCAAGAGAUUUGGACCAGUGAUGGAACAGGUGUUAUGGUUGUGAGAGCAGCAAUGAGCUACAAACGUUUUCUGUUUUUGUUGCGGUGUAUGAGAUUUGACAAUCCAGCCACAAGGAGUGAUCGGUGUCGUAUUGAUAAGCUAGCUGCAAUCAGAACAAUUCUUGAUCCCUUUGUAAAGAAUUGUAUAGAUAGCUACAAUACAAGUGAACUAGUCACCAUAGAUGAAAUGCUUCAUCCAUUUAGAGGACGAUGCUCAUUCGUGCAAUGUAUACCAUCCAAGCCAGCAAAAUAUGGCAUCAAAAUGUUUGCUUUGUGUGAUGCCAGAACAUUUUUUUGUAAUAACUUGGAGGUUUACUGUGGUAAGCAGCCACCUGGUCCUUACGAAGUAUCUAAUAAACCAGAAGAUAUAGUAAAGAGAUUGGUUGUCCCCAUUGAAAAAUCCAACAAGAAUUUGACCACCGACAAUUGGUACACAAGUAUUCCUCUUGUUGAAGACAUGUUGGCAAAGGACAUCACAAUGAUUGGAACUUUGAAAAAGAACAAUGCUGCUAUACCCCCGUCGUUUUUGCCUAACAAGAAUCGAGUAGUGGGCACAACAGAGUUCGGGUUCAGUGAUAACAAAACUUUAGUUUCCUUUGUACCAAAGGUGAAUAAAGCAGUAAUCCUUGUUUCGUCCAUGCAUGACUCGAAAUCAAUUGAUCCAGACACUGGUAAACCGGAUAUUAUUCUGGAUUAUAAUAUGACGAAAGGUGGAGUAGACACGUGUGAAAAAAUGUGUGCUGCUUAUUCAGUGUCUCUUGUUACAAGGCGUUGGCCUCAAGCCAUUUUCUAUGUAUUGUUGAAUAUUGCCAGUAUAAAUAGCAGAGUUCUACUCUCAUUUAUCAAACCACAAGAGGCCCCAAGAAGAAGAAUAUUCCAGAAAAAUCUUGCUAUGGGCUUAUUGAAUGAGCAUCUGGCAACGAGAGCUCAAAUAAGAUCCUUGCCGAAAGAUAUAUCAGUUUACUUGGAGCAGUACAAGAGACCUGAGGAGCAAUGUAUGUACUUCAAGCUAUGUACUACUCCCAAUGAACCCCCUACCAAAAAAAGAGGAAACUGCGUGCUGUGUGGUAGACAAAAAAACUCAUCAGCUUCCAUGAAGUGUGACAAGUGCUCUUCUUUCAUGUGCAAGGAACAUUCGAAAAAGACAAUCAUUUGUUUGAGGUGUUGUGAAGAAGAAACUACCAAUUAG